AUGACGCCGUUCUUGCUCGAGGUGUCAUUAGAGGCACCCCGAGGUGGUCACCUGAGUGGCACCACCCAAGCAUGGGUGUAUUUGCUUACGCCAAGAGAUGUAGAGAACGCUGGUGACGUGGUGACAGUUCUCAACAUGCACGGAUUUGAGGUGAUUUUGGGGAUGAACUGGCUAGCUUCCGGUUAUCCCAAUAUCGACUGCUACAAGAAAGAGGUAGUGUUUAGACCUCCAGAACAACAGGAGUUUAGAUUUGUGGGGUCGCGUAUGCGCGCCUCGCCAUUAAUUUUAUUAGCUAUGCGGGCUAAAAGGUUACUCUUUAAUGGGUGUCAGGAGUACCUAACUUGGGUAAAGGAAACACCGAAAGGGGAAGUUAACGUGGAAGAUAUUCCGAUAGUAAAGGAGUUUCCUGACGUAUUUCCAGAGGAUUUUCCGGGGUUACCUCUUAAGUGGGAGGUGGAGUUCGCUAUUGAUCUAUCUCUAGGAAUGACACAGAUUUUUAAGGAUGUGUACAGAAUGGCUCCAGCUGAGCUGAAAGAAUAA